UAUAGCAAGUAUCUGGCAAGUGUUUCAUAGAAAAAUAUAAAUUUCUUAAUGUAUGUAAAGACAAAUGUUGAAUAUUGUGAAAACAUGGCAUGUAAAUAUAUUUAGAGUUGGAGUGAUUGGCAGAUAUAGCAAAUAGAAUUGGAAUAGUUAUGUGUUAUAAAACUAUCAGAACCUAACCUAUGAUUGAAGAGCAAUAGAGGUUAUACCGUAAUUAAAGAAGAAAGGGAAAAAAUUAAGUACGAUGUUUUCAACUGAUAUCAAAUUAUCAAAGGCUUUGGAAGAAGAAAAAGAUCCACUGGAAAUUGAUGAAAAUGUUCAAAUAAAGCAGGAAGUAGUUGAUGAUUUUGAAAGUGAUUUAGGGAGUACAAUAAAUAUUAAUGAAAUCAUCAUUAAAAAAGAAAUCAAUGAUAAUGGUUUGAAUACUAUACUACAUCAUUCAACGUCUUCAGGAGUACAAAAAGUGAUAAAUAUAAAUGAUUCUUCCACUAACCAUGCAGAAGUGGUUAAAAUACUUCCAUUUACUAAAAAUGCUGAAGUUGGAAAAAAAUAUUUAGGUUUCAGUAACAAAACUUUGAAUAUCAAAAAAGAACAUUGCGAUUGUAUGCAAAAUAUUGAAUAUUACUGUAGUAAAUGUGAUAAAAUGUUGCUUCAUAUAAAUGAAGUAAAGCAAUGUUCUGAGUGUAAUAGUCAGUUAAAAUUACAAUGUCAAAUGUGUCAUAAAAGAUACAAACUGCUAAAAAGUAUAAAAAAAUUUAAUAUUUCCACAAAUGUAAUGAAAGAAAUAGAUAUAAAAGAAGAAGAGAAAUUUUUUUGUUAUAAAUGCAACUUUAAAACUACUGAAAAAAAAUUAUUCAAUGAUCAUAUUAUUAAGUACAAUCAUCAAUCUGAUAUAUUAUCUGUGAAUGGUUCAAGUACAGUAUCUAAAACUAAAAAAGAAGAAUUGUUUUGUUAUAAGUGUGAAUUUUCUACUAAAAAUAAGAAAAUUCUCAACAGCCACAUUUUAACAUCACAUUGGCAACCUAAAUUUGAUGUUAAGCUUAAUUGUGAUGAUGACAUGUACAUUGAAUUAUUGUGCAAAAAAUGUCAAAAAAUAUGUCGGAAAGUGGUUUAUGAUAAUUUAGUAAAAUUAGUUUGUCGAGAAUGUCAAUUACCAAUGUUGUACAGGUGCACUCUAUGUCGUAUUGGCUAUAAAUUAUUGAAAAAUGUUCGCUACCAUGUAAAAUUAGUAUGUCCUUAUCGUACAAACAAUGAAAAAUUUUACUGUGCAGAUUGCACAUUUAAGAGUGAGACAAAAACAAAGCUUGAAAAUCAUAUUAUAAAGAAACAUUUAAAUCAACAGUGUUCAAAUUGUAAUACGUUAUUUGAAGAUAAUGAUUCUUUGAGAGAACAUGUAUUAGAGCAUUGUACUGUAAAAAAAGAUAACAUUUAUCCUAUUCAAUUGGAAUUGGCAUCAAGAGAGCCAGUGGAUGAAAAUGAAAAGUUCAUAAUUUUUCAAUACAAUCCUCAAAUUUUAGUGAAAAAUGUAAAUGGUAAACCACCUAAAGAGACAAAGGAGUGGCGAAAUUUGAUAGAUUAUUUAUGUUUAGAAUGUGGUGAUGAAGCAAAAAAAAAGUUUGCUCGUUAUAGACCAUGGUGUAGAAAAUGUAAUCUAAAAUAUGAUUACCGAUGCAUCAGUUGUGAAAGAUUGUAUGGAAAUUAUGAUAGAAUUCUUCAUCAUGUAAAGUUUAACUGUUCAAAUCGAAUGGUGUUUGAAUGUCCUUUAUGUAAUUUUAAUGCCUCAAAGAAAAGUCUUCUUGUCACUCAUAUUCAAACAAAACAUACAAUUUAUAAAUGUAUGGAAUGUUUUACUAAUGUAGAAGGAUUUGCAGCAAUGAAAAAGCAUCACACCGUAGAUUGUAGCAAGGGUCGGUCUGACACUGCGAUACAACUGAAAAAAUUAAUAAGUUUGUACUGUAAGCAGUGCUUUCAAAGACCGAAAAAUGCAGCUUUUAAUACAACUAGAGAAAAGUGUGAAAAGUGUAACAUAAUUUUGAAUUAUCAAUGUUUGAGGUGCUUUAAUCUUUUUAAUAGGCAAGAUUUGGCAUACAAACACAUUAAAGAAUUAUGUAAACAAAACUUUUCUUGUUUAUUUGAAAAAUGUACUUUCAAAACCUAUACACAGAAAGGGCUAGAUACUCACACCAAAUAUAAACAUACAAAUCGAAUGUGCUCUGAUUGUGGUGUAAGUUUCAAAGAUGAAGUAAUAUUCGAACUACAUAGGAGAGAAGAAAUCAGGAGAAAAACAAUGGAACACAUUUCUGGUAUGGGUUCAUUUUCAUAUCCUAAAAGAUUCAGAUCAUCUUGAAUUUGAAAAAAAUGGAACGGUUCAAACAAUGAAAUACAAAGAUAAUUUAGAUUUCAACUUAUGUAACUGGUGUGACUGAUCUAAGAGAUGUAUGCUUUUGUGUAAGUGAUGUUUAAUUAUUUGACGUUUUUUUUUAUAGAAAGGGAUGUUAAUUUCAAAGCAUUAAUAGUAACAUGAAGUAGGUCAUAAUGUUUCAGUCAAGUUAAUUUUUAUUGUACCGUUUUCACAUUAUGUAGUUGACUAAGUGUAACUUGAUUAUAUAUAUAUAUAUAUAAUAUUUUGCCGAUGGUAUUAUGAACGUUGAAAAAAAGUGACAAAGGAAUAAAAAGUUGCUAAUGAAAGUUAUUUUGGAGAUACAAGAUGAAUUUUUAUUUGUCAUUGAAUUACAGUCAUUUUAUUGGUUCGAAUAAGAGGAUUCAUUAUCCCUAAUUAGAUGAAUUCAUUACCAUUUUUUCAUAGUUCUGUGUAAUAAAUCCUUCAGAAAGAUGUUAAUGAUGAUUAUUGAAAGUAAUUGAUUGGAAAAAUAUUUUACGGUUUAGUUUUGAUUUCUAGAUCAACAAAGUGGUUAUUAAAAUAUAAUCGUGAAUAAUAAGGAGCUUACACUAUAAGCUAUUAAUAGUUUACGGAUUCAAAAUACGUCAAAUUCUUUUUAAUUAUUUACUUUCAUUGCUUUUAUAAUGUAAUAUUUUAAUAUAGAAAGUAACAUAUUUUAUCUUUUAAAAUUAAUCAGUUGUAUGAUAAAAAUACAUUGUAUAAUAAAAAUUUAUUAUAAACAAGAUUUUAUUACGUGAUAAGCAUUAAUAAAGCAAGUGUAUUAAUGACACAGGAACAAUCAACUUUUCAAUCUAUUCACAUUGUAGAUAAAAUUUAAUUUUUUUCGCGAGCUUUUCAUAUACUACUACAUUAGAUAUUUUAUUAAAGUGAAAUUCAUAAAGGUGAAAAGAUGUUUUAUUGAAGUAUUUUUAUUUAAAAUUAUUGUCAAUAGUGAAUGUAAAAAUAACUCGAAAUUUAUUAACAGAGAAGAAUGUAAUUGCAAUCUUAAUUUUUCAUUCCUUUAUAGACGAUUGUAUAUCUAUUUUAAUAUGUAUAUAUAUCAAAAAAAGAAACAUUUUGAAAAUAAGGCAAGGUCAAAAAUUGUAAAAUUUAAUACAUUUCUGAUACUAGUCUGAGAAAGUAUUUUCAGCCUCAUGUAGAUAUUUGCACCUGAAUCAAGCGAUGGUUAGGAGGCCACGUGAGGGUAAAAUCACUUUUUUGCAUACGUAUCUAACUUUAUUUUUCGAUACAACGUGUUUUGGACGAGAAUUUAAGUAUCGAUUUCUCAAGUAAAGUCGAGUCCUCACGCAUAGAGUGUCGAAAAAAUUAAUUAUAAUCCACGAGAAAAAAAGGAAAUAAUACGGUAAUCUAAAUUCAUUUUCGACUAAUAAACUAUACAUUAUUGUUGAGGUGAAAAUAAAUAUGUAACUACGGAUUUUAAAGUCAUUACUUUUUUAGCAAUGUUUUAGCUGCGCAUGUAUUUAUAAUAUUAGUUUGGUACUAAAAUAGUAAA